CUUAAAUGUGCAGCUUCCCCGACCUCAGCUCCUCUGCUGAAUAUUCAGCAGCUGCAACAUGCAUGUAAUCACUUCUUUUUUUACUCAUUAACUGUACUCCAUAACCGUUAUAUAUAUUCAUAAUGGAAAGCCAUACAGCCAGCGCAUCUCCCACAGCUUCGGGCGCUGCAGGGAACACCCCCGGCGAAACCAUGUCGACAGGCUUCAUCAUCGCCAGCGCAGUCGUAGCAGCUCUCGUUAUCUCUAUAGCAAUUUGCGCAUGCUGUUUCUUCUCCCGCAGAAUCGCCGCAGAUAGCCCCGCUACUGCCAAGAUAAAAUCCGAGAUUCGCUCUGAAUCGAAGGAAACAAUGCUAUCGCGGCUGGAGACUGCAUGUCCGACCAAGUCAUGCGAGGAGUGGUGGGAGACUAUGAAAGCGGGAAUGGACUCGUCGAGUAGUAUUAGGAAUCAUUUUGUCUGUCCAAUUUGUCUGGAAGAAGUCAACCCCGCUGAUAACAUGCACACUAUGACAUGCGACCAUGUCUUUCACGCGAAAUGUAUAGAAGAGUGGUUCUUGGGAUGCCAUUUGAUUUGUCCACUCUGUCAGAGGGCAUUUUACCCGGGAAAAGAUGCGACUGAAAAUGCUGGGUCUGAGAAUGCUGUCUAGUUAUAAAAAUGUAGUAUUAUAUGCAAAUACCACUCCGAUAUUAGCAACGCCAUCCCAACUGAUAAUGAUAUUUGCCUCACGGGAAAAUAGUUUCUCCAUAGCAUCAUCUGACCGAC